UAGACGUCUAGUACGUGAUCAGCAAUAUUUAUUUAUGUUAGUAUUGUAAAAACGGUGAUUUUAUAUGGUCUCCACUCAUUAUCGUAGCAUUCGGAAAAUGAAAACAUGUAUUUUUAGUUUCUUCGUUCAUUGAAUUAGUGAUAUGUGAAACGAGUGAUUUCGUCCUUCUAAUAAUUUUUUUUAUCGGUACCUCCCGCCUGCCCCCUCUGUGGGUUAGCUAUUAAUAAAAUCGCAAUAGAAAAUAUUUUUGAUAAGAUAUUUAUUGUCUAAAUAAUAUUUUUGCGUAAGUUGACCAAUGUUAAUAAUAAACUAUUUCUCGCGUAAGACUGAAAAAUGAGCUAUAUUAGUGAUUUAUCUCAAUCUCAAGAAUAUUUAAGUUUUAGAAGCAAUGUUCCUCUAAAAAGAAUAGUUGUUGACUCAGAUAACACAAAGGGUUGGAGGGUUUAUGACUGUGGUCCGAAAAAUGUUAAGUCUCCACUUAUAUGUCUUCCCCCUGUAUCAGGAACGGCAGACAUAUAUUUCAAACAAGCUCUCGCAUUAUCUGCCAAAGGAAUCAGAGUGAUAUCGGCUGAAGCACCAGUUUAUUGGAAUGUAAAAGAAUGGUGUGAAGGUUUUAAAAAACUUUUAGAUUAUUUAGGGAUCAUAAAAGCUCAUUUAUUUGGAGCAUCUUUAGGUGGCUACUUGGCUCAAAAAUUUGCAGAGUAUACACACAAAUGUCCACGAGUUGCUUCCUUAAUUUUAUGUAACACAUUUACUGACACUGCAGUUUUCAAUAAUCAUGAAUCUGCAGCGAUUUUUUGGAUGUUACCAGGGUUAGUGUUAAAGCGCAUGCUUAUGAGUAAUUUUGGGGCUGAAAAAGUUGAUCCUGAAAUGGUAGAGGCUAUUGACUUCAUGGUGGAAAGAUUAGAAAGUCUUCCACAAACAGAACUUGCAAGUAGACUUACACUUAAUUGCCUUAAAGGGUAUGUUGAAGCUCACAAAUUAUCCGACAUUCCUGUGACUAUUAUAGAUGUAUUUGAUGAAUAUGCCUUAUCUAAUACAGUACGUGAAGAAUUAUAUAAGUGCUAUCCAAGUGCCAAAUUAGCUCAUCUUAAAUCAGGGGGAAAUUUUCCAUAUUUAAGUCGCUGUGCUGAAGUUAAUUUACAUUUGCAGAUUCAUUUAAGGCAAUUUGAUGAUACGAAUUUUUCAUCAUCUGAUCGACCUUUAGUUAAUAAAAUUUGACAGUGUUAUGCUUGCCAUUUAUACUUUGUAUAUAUUUUUUAUUUACCAUUUUAUUUCUACUGUUCGUACAUUUUAUUGUUAAUGUUUUUAUACAUACUUUUUCGAUACUUACAUUGAUUAGAUAUUACCGUUUCCA